AUGUCCGACUUUCAGAUCAUGUUCGAUGCCGUCAUGGCGGCGAGGAAGGCGUCGGCUGAAACCAACAUCGACGACCCAACUCUAUCAGCCGAUGACAUUACGUCGGGUGCCAGCUCCCUCCCCGAGAACAUCGAGGCCGUCGCCCAUGAUCCUUCCACCAAUCUCCCUGAUGCCUCGACGCGAAUGAACGAGCAGAAUGACGGGAAGAAGAAGCUUGAGAUUGAACCGGGGCUCAGCGCCUUCUUCGACUUCGAGGAGGCAUCCGGUGACAUUUCGAACAAUGAGAUCGCGGGCGAUCUCCGCGACUUCCACACUGAAUGGGAAAUUGACUGGCAGAAUCAUCCGAUUCUCGGUGAGGACGUGCCCGAGGAGUACACGAAACUCUUUGCCCACAUCGGCAAGGAUGCCAAUGGAGAGGCGUCUCAGUCCAACAAGUCAGCCCAGCCGGAAGCCGAGUUGAACAAUGGACAGCUCACUCCUCCUGAGCACGUUAAUGGGGACAAGCCUCAGUCCGUUCAUCCCUCCAACGAGAUGCAGCUCGAUACAGUUGAGGUGGCUGCCAAAAAGCCCGGCAACCCUUCUACCACUGGAUACACCAAUUGUGGCACGAUUCAGGCUGUCAACCGUACCACCACUCGAGCUGCUGGUGAGCCCACUAAGUCGGGCAUUUCCACUCAGGGGUCGGGCUUUGUUCCGACUAGAUCCCUAACGAAUCGUACAUACCAAUCUGACUCCGAUUCUGAGGAUGAGUUCUUUGAUCGGGUUGAUGAAAUUGUCGAUGAGCGCGCCGAGGAGCUCCUAGAAAAGGAGAGAGCAGAAAAUGCUCAAUCGAUUGGAGAGGUCGCCCGUGACGACCAAAUCAACCCCACUGGCAAGUUCAAGUCCGCACCCGCACUUAUGGAUCAGAGCGGCAUGGUCAGUGACAGUACUAUCCGCAUAAACACUGUCAGCGAUGUCUCGUCCUUGCCUGGAAUUGCUCCUUACAUUCGUCCUCCUGUUGGCCUGCAAGCCUACACUUCCGCCGACAAUCCUCUUCUUCAGGGUGCUGGAUGCCCCCCAGGCACCGUUCAUCCGAACGACCUGCAUAUCCUUCCGGACAAGCAGAACUCUCAUCUGCCAGUGGCUUCACAUCCCCCUUCCACAACCAAAAUUCUCAUGACAGUUCCCACUGAGAAGGAGAAACUCGAAUUGGAAGACUUUCUGUUUGCCUGUGAGCUUCAACACAAUCCAUCAGCUCGCAGAUCGGACUCCCGGUACGUUGUUGUUGUCGGCAACGAAAAGCCAACUUUGAACGCAGUUGAUGCUCCCCCUGGAGAUCAAAACAAUCAACCUGCGGAGGGUUCGAACACCUCCGCCUGUCCUGUUGUUGGCAAUCAAAACAACCAAUUCACAGAGGCUCCUGGCGCGUCUCCUCAUCCUGUUAUUAGCAAUCAAAACAACCAAUUCACAGAGACUCCCAGAGCGUCUCUUCAUCUGGUUGCUGAUAAUCAAAACAACCAAUUCACGGAGUCUCCCCGUGCGUCCCUUCGCCUUGUUUCUGAUAAUCAAAACAAUCAACGCAUCGCGGCAUCCAACUCUUCUCAUCUUUCCACUGGCGAGCAAACCAAUCAAUCAAUUGAGGUUUCCAACGUCUAUCCUGAGCCCAUUUGCGUUGACGACGAAUCAGCAGCACCGGAAGCCGCUCAACCUGCCACCAGCAACCAAGCCACUCAGUCGACUGCUUCUACCGACUCUUCCUCUGCCGCCAGCGAUCAAGAGACGACUGCCUCUGAGCCAAGCAGUCCUGCUGCUGAAAAGCAAGACAACUCCACCGGCGCCACUGAUAGUGACGAGCCAGACACCACAACCGCUGAGAAAACUACGACCAGACACUCCGGGAAAUUCCCCCAGCCUGUUGCUGCCUUCGAGAAGCCGAUCAAGAUGUCGGAAGCAUGCAACCCGGAGCAAAAGGUGGUCAUUGACAAAAUCACGGAAGAGUGCAAAGUGCACUGCAACCGGAUGGUGAUGGGUGAGCACCGGGUCAACCUCAUUGGGUUCGAUCAGUUUGUCGCAGAUGGCAACGUGAUAGCAUGGACCGACCGUGAGAUGAAAUUUGUUUUGGAUUGGUUCACUCGCGGCGCGAAAGUGCUGGAGAAGAUGAAGAAGGGGACAGUUGAGACUUUCAAGCAAGUUCAGGGACUCUUCCUUCUCUAUGGGCCCAUGUAUGGCGAAGGAACUCACCUGGAUCUUUUCAGGGAUUAUUCCCAUCUUGCAGGCCCUAUGGUCAAGGAUUAUCUUGACGUCAUUGAGAAGAAUCGAGUCAUUCGGGCUGCAGUUGAGGAGGCAAUUAACGCGGGAGCUAAAAUUGACCUUGCUUUGCUCUUGAAGCCUGUUCCUGUGCUUCCUCAUGAAGUCGAAAAUCUCGAUUCCAAGGCGUUGACCUACUUGACCUACUCCAGUGUUGGCUACCCUACUCCAGGUAUGCAAGUUGACUGGGAAAAGCUCCGCGUGGAUCUCGAGCAGCACAAAGAGAAGAUCCCUGUGCUCUACAAACUCGUCGGAGUCUGCAAGACGUUGGCUUUGAACACCCCGCGCAUUCAGUACUGUAUUCGCGAGAUGAUGGAGUCCGCAACCUACUCCUAUCACAGCCUCUGGCACUCUUGCUUCGACAAGCGAAGCCGUGUCGAUUUCGCAGAGCGAGCACAGAAGUUCCAUGCUCGACUCUUCUAUGUCAUCUACAAUUGGUUCAACGUCAGGAAGAACUCCAAGAUCCUCGAGUUCCUCGGUACGGACAUCCUGAAGCAUGACCUGCCUACCCUCUUCGAGAACUUGAACAACUUGGACGAAUACGAAAAGACCAUGCAGGCUCGCUACAACUGGCGUCAACACAAGGUCAAUGAGAUUGAUGCGGCUUUCCAGAAGGAGGAAGCCAAGACCAUGCCGAUUCUGGGCAACUACGCUUCUUUGAUGGACCCUGUUCUUGAGCGUCCAACUCAUGUCGAUCCUCAACAAGAUGACUUGCUGGGUCGGAUGGGCUCUUCCCCCCAACCCCACGGUGCUCAAUUUGUCGUCCAGAGCCCUGCCGGCCCGGCUCCAACCAACAAUAGAGGCAGCCCAACCGCUGGCCUACCUCGUGUGAUGCCGACCACUCCAUCGCGAACCAACACCGGCGCACGACCGGCCACCGGUCCGUCCCGUGUGAUGACCGCCAGCCCAGCUCAAACCAAGCGUGGCCCUAGACCGACCGCUGGCCCGUCUCGUGUGCUGCCUGCCACCCCAUCACAAAUCAACAAAGGAGGUAGACCGAUCGCUGGUCCGUCCCGUGUGAUGUCGGAUGGCCCAACUCAAGUUAUCAUUGGCCAACGACCGACGGCUGGUCCUUUCGACAGGAUUACAAUGCCCCCCGAGCUCGGAGCUGGAUCCGCACAACCUGCCACACCUCCUAAGAUCAAGCGCAAGUACUUGGUUGAUGGAUCCGUCGGGCAACAGACUCCGCCUGAUACCCCUACUUCUUCUGGUGCUCCCGAGAACAAGCGUCGACGUCUCGAUAGCGAGCAGCCGAACGUAGGCUAUAUCUGA